UGACCUCCAAUUUUCCUCUCUCACACUCUCUCUCUAUUUUGGAAACAAAAGAGAGAAGAAGUGUUUGUCUAUGAGAGAAGUUGGAUUAACCAAUUUCCCCAGUUGACUCUUAAGAGCCUUCCUAUCAUCUCUCAUUUGCUCUGCACGUUAUACAAGUUUUCUUUAUCAAUUUUCCUUCCUUUUUUUUUAAAAAAAAAAAAAAAAUCAAACAAAACUUCUAUUAAUAAUAUUAAUCUUGAUUCUGAAAUCUUGAAUGCUCUUGUUCUUCUUCCUCCUUCUACAAUAUUUUAAUCAAAUCUAUUAUUAUAUUAUUUUUAUUCAGCAAUUUUUUGCGUCAUCAAAUAGUAAUUUUGGUUUUUCAAUUGUCAAAACCAAGAAAGUUGACCUGGUACAAUCAUUAUUUUAUUUCUUAUUGUUGUCUUUUUCUUCAAUCUUGUAUAAAACUUGUCAUUACUCGUUUGAAAUGGCAAUUGGGGCAUGUUUUGGUGUGCCUCCUUUCUUUUCUCGCAGGAAGCAUAGUACAAUAUUUGAGGAAGAAGACAUGAAAGAGACAAAGAAAAGACCUGUUCUUGAAAAAAAUAAAACACCUGCUAUUGCAAUAUCAAAAAGUUUUAAAUCAAGCAAAGGUUCAACAGUGCGCAAUUCAUGUAGAGUAGCAGGAAACUUCAUAAUAAUGACUGAGCUUCGGAACAAGAUCCUCACCUUGAGAGACUUGCUUGACUUGUCUCCCUGUAUUGGCUCUGCAUCUGUAAAUGAGCUGCUGAUUUUGACGCUGAAAGAUCUGCAACAAUUGUAUCCUUCAAUCAAUCCAUCUAUUUCUUUGUCAAAAAUUGAUGAAGCAUCGAUGCAUCAGGCACUGCAAUGCUUUUUUGAUACCAUCAUAUCAAUUGGGGAAAUGUGGACAGGCAAUGAUGAGUGGAUGGUAAAAUGCAAGGAGGAUUCAGUCAGUAAACUAGACAAUUUAGAAUACUAUGGAGUUUUAUUGCUCGAAGACAUGAUUAAGCUAGCGAGUGAAAGGAUGUUCGAUAUGAUGGAUGAUGAGGAGGAGGAUGAUGAGGAUGACGAUAACCAGAUAAGAGAUGAACGUCCAUCAUUCAACACAUUUGGAAGGGUCCUUUCUGAAUCUUACUCGAGCGCCAAAUCCUCCCUCUCGAGCACUCCAGUCACCCCAACUUCAGUUCUUCCUGGGUUAAUGAGUAAUGCUUCAAAGAAGACAUACUCUCCACCUCUUCUUCUGCCACUCAGGGUUCAAGCAGUUGGCAAGCUGAAUCCUAUUGAUGUAAAGCGCCUCUCUUUCCACAUGUUCCCUCAUGUAGCAGCUCAAGAUUCAAAUUUUUUUGUUCAGCUAACAAGCACAGAAGCAAAGAAAGAUUCUGAAGUGAAAGCCAAAGAUGAUCAGGAAUUUGGGCAAGAUUGUGAAAUGACAGACAUGCCGGAUAUUCUACUGACUUGUAUGGAUGAUGAAUCAGAAAUUAAAGGAACAUAUAAAACUGGUGCUAAAAAUACUCCAGUGUCAGGACAUGUUACCUUGGAUGUGCUUUUACCUCCUUCGCUUCCUGAAUCGCGCGCAGAACAAGGAGCAGAGCCACAAUCACCGCUCACUCUAUCGUUGAAGGUCAUAGACUCAGAAAAAACAUCAUCUCCUCUGCAGAUUUCUUUGCACUCACCAGAUGGGGAUAUAUCAACACCAUUAUCACCAAAGGCCCAGUCACAGCCCCCACCAUUAUCAACGAACCAGCCAUCUACUUCUGCACCAGCAGCGCCACAACCACCACCUCCACCUCCACCACCACCCACUUCAUCAGGGACAGUACCCACUUCAUCAGGGAAUGCAGAAGGGUCACAGCCUGCACCACUGUUAAGACAGCUAAGUGGUGCUCCACUGCCUCCUCCUCCUCCUCCUCCUCCUCCUACCAUGACAUCAGCUAAUGUAGCGAUACCACAACCGCCUAUCAAAACGUUAUCUGCAACCCCACCACCACCUCCCAUGACAAGAAAAGAAAUAACACAUCCACCUCCACCACCACCACCACCUACAUUAGGAAAUGGAGCGGCACCUCCCCCGCCCCCACCACCUCCCAUGAAAUUGGGAAACGUAAUAUCAAUUCCACCUCCACCCCCACCUCCCAUAGGAUCAAAGGUUAUAGCACCUCCACCACCCCCACCUCCCAUGGGAUCAAAGGUUAUUGCACCUCCACCACCCCCACCUCCCAUGGGAUCAAAGGUUACGGCACCUGCACCCCCACCUCCACUAAUGACUUCAAAUGGAAGAAUGCCAGCACCACCUCCACCCAUGCCAAUGGGAAAAGGAGCUGCACCUCCACCACCACCAGGGUUUGCAGGUGCCAGGAGCCUAGGACCUAGGAAAGCAGCCACUAAAUUGAAGAGAUCAUCCCAAAUGGGAAAUCUUUAUCGGCUUCUCAAGGGUAAAGUUGAAGGAUCUAGUUUAGAUGGUAAAGCAAAGGGGAGAAAGGGAAAAGUUGGUGGUGCUGCACCUGCAGGAGGCAAACAGGGAAUGGCUGAUGCAUUAGCGGAGAUGACAAAGAGGUCAGCAUACCACCAACAAAUUGAAGAGGAUGUUAGAGUACAUGCACAAACAAUCAAGGAGAUGAAAACAGCCAUUGCCUCUUUCCAAACAUCAGAUAUGUCUGAGCUUAUUAAGUUCCACAAAACUGUAGAAUCACACCUAGAGAAACUAACGGAUGAAUCUCAGGUGCUAGCAAGGUUUGAAGAUUUUCCUACAAAGAAGUUGGAAGCAUUGAGGAUGGCAGCAGCACUUCAUACCAAGUUAGAUUCAAUAGCCAAAACUCUACAGAAUUGGCCAAUAGUCCCACCUAUUGGACAACUUCUUGAAAAAGCUGAGAGUUACUUCAACAAGAUCAAAGGAGAAAUGGACACACUGGAACGAACAAAAGAUGAAGAAUCCAAGAAAUUUAUAAGCCAUAAAAUCCACUUUGAUUUUGGCAUCCUUGUGCGUAUCAAAGAAUUGAUGGUGGAUGUUUCCUCAAACUGUAUGGAACUGACUUUGAAGGAGAGAAGAGAAAUAAAGCAAAAGGAAAAUGAAGGAGCUGGACCGAAAAUUGAUGGUCAUAAAAAAGGAUCAGCUAAACUUCUUUGGAAGGCCUUCCAAUUUGCAUUCAGAGUCUAUACUUUUGCUGGUGGCCAAGAUGAUCGUGCUGACAUGUUGACAAGGGAAUUGGCUCAAGAAAUCGAGACAGAUCCUAAUCCAGAGGCAUAAAGUAUAAGCUCAUUUCUUCAAAACAAAAAAACCCCCCAAAAAAAAAGAUCACUAUAGGUGAAAAUAUAAAAUGCAUUGGUGCUCAUAUAUAGACACUUUUGAGAGGUUUGAGCAUUUAGCAUAAUGAAGCUUUCCCUGGCAGGUGUUCUGUAGAUGCUUCUUGAUCUGUGAUUACAUGCAUAUUCUAGGAGAAAGUUGCUAGACAAUAUAUCCUUCUUUGUUUUAGAAGACGGAGAGAAGUGAGCUAAACUAUAGCUUUGCUCUACCACCUGCAAUACAUACGAUAUCUAUUACACCUUUGUGACUGGUUUUGUAGCAUGUACAUAACCCCGGAUUUUCUUUACUUUCAGAAUUAAAAGAGUAUACAUGUGAAUGAUUUCCUUGUUCAUGCAUUUUUUAUGUUCUUUUAUAUAGUCACAGUUUGCCUUGUU